UUACUUUCUCUCUCUACGCCUGCGGUGAUAAUAUCGUGUGAGAAACUUUCACUCAGUGAUUUGAAUUUGGACUUGUACUUCAGGUCAGCUUAGCAGAUCUAUCCGUAAAAGAUUGAUACGGAUCAUAAUAUAGUUCAUCCGAUUGGUUCAAAUUCGAUUUAAAUUGAGUCAAGGAAAGGAAAGACGACUCACCGCCGAUUGAAUUCUGGAUUUUUGAUCAUUACAUCUUGAAAGUUGGCUCCGGAACGCAGAUCACAGCGCCACAUGGGUGGUCAUACGCAGCAGAACAACGCUGCGGCGGCGGCAACUGCUAUGUAUGAUUAUCCAGGCGCUGGUCCAGCUAACGAUGCUGGAGAUGCUGUCAUGGCUAGAUGGCUUCAGUCCGCUGGAUUGCAACAUCUGGCUUCACCUGUGGCCUCAAAUGUGAUCGACCAGCGUCUGUUACCUCCCAAUCAUUAUAUGCAGCCUGAAGAUAAGCAAAGGAUUUCCAAGUUGACUAGGAACCUCAAUUUUAACGGAGAACCUGCCCCAGAGCAGUAUAUACCAACUGCUCAAACUGCUUCCAUGAUGUUUGGAUCAGAAGGCAUAUAUCCUCCAGACUUCCGUGGUGAUUUUGGGGCUGGAUUGUUGGAUCUUCAUUCAGUGGAUGACUCAGAACUUCUAUAUGAGCAUGUUAUGUCAGAGCCCUUUGAGGAAUCAUCUUCUUAUAUGCCUGCCGGUAAACAAGCAUUUGAAGAUGAAUUCAAUAUGACCAAUCGAAGGCAGACCAAUGAUAAGGAGAUAAAUACGAGGGAAAAUAACGUGGCUAAAAUAAAAGUUGUGGUGCGUAAAAGGCCAUUGAACAAGAAGGAAACUGCUAAGAAGGAGGAGGAUAUUGUCACUGUCAUCGAUGGUUCUUAUUUAACUGUCCAUGAACCAAAGCUAAAGGUUGACUUAACUGCUUACGUGGAGAAGCAUGAGUUCUGCUUUGACGCUGUCUUAAACGAGUAUGUAACAAAUGAUGAGGUUUAUCGUAUGACUGUAGAGCCUAUUAUCCCUACAAUCUUCCAACGAACAAAGGCAACAUGUUUUGCAUAUGGCCAGACUGGAAGUGGCAAGACAUUUACAAUGCAGCCGUUGCCUCUUAGAGCUGCUGAAGAUAUUGUCAGAUUAUUGCACCAUCCAACUUAUUGCAAUCAGAAAUUAAAGUUGUGGCUUAGUUUUUUUGAAAUAUAUGGUGGAAAACUCUUUGACCUUCUUAGUGAAAGAAAGAAGCUUUGCAUGAGAGAAGACGGGCGUCAACAAGUUUGUAUUGUUGGGCUUCAAGAGUUUGAAGUUUCAGAUGUACAAAUUGUUAAAGAGUAUAUUGAGCGGGGAAAUGCUGCGAGAAGUACAGGCACCACAGGUGCUAAUGAGGAGUCAUCGAGAUCACAUGCAAUUCUUCAACUGGUUAUCAAGAAGCACAUUGAACCAAAAGAUCCCAGGCGAAAUAUUGAAGUCAAUGAUUUUAAGAACGGAAAAGUUGUAGGCAAGAUUUCUUUUAUUGAUCUUGCUGGUAGUGAAAGAGGAGCCGACACUACUGAUAAUGACCGACAAACAAGGAUCGAAGGAGCUGAAAUUAAUAAGAGCCUUUUGGCACUGAAGGAGUGUAUCCGUGCUCUUGACAAUGACCAGAUUCAUAUUCCAUUUAGAGGGAGCAAGCUUACCGAGGUUCUUCGCGACUCCUUUGUUGGAAACUCAAGAACUGUCAUGAUCUCUUGCAUUUCUCCAAAUGCAGGUUCAUGUGAGCAUACUAUCAACACAUUAAGAUAUGCGGACAGGGUAAAAAGCCUUUCUAAGUCUGGUAAUCCAAAAAAAGAACAAGCAGCUACAAGCUUUUUGCCAACUACAAGCAAGGAUCCUGCUGAUGAUAUUGAAGAACAAUAUAAAGAAGUUAAAAUGGUUGGAAUGAAAAAAAAGGUUGCAGAAGUGGAUAAUCAAAUUCAGAAUCCUAUUGAUGUGAUUUCUAGUGCUAUGGAAAGGGUGAGGGUUGACACGCAAGAAAAAUUGAUGUCACCGAGAAGAAAAGCUCCUUCAAGGGUGGAUGAAAAGCUCGAAAGACAAACGAAUUUGGCGAAGGAUGAAGGUGGAGGUGAUUUAUCAAAUUACAAGCAGCAAAAGAUGAGCAAUCUCCACAUCAACAAUAAUGGUGGAGGCUCAAGCCAGCAGCGUGAAUCUGAAAUACCAGAUGGAAAUAUCAAUGAAAUACUAGAGGAAGAAGAUGCCCUGAUUGCUGCUCAUAGAAAAGAGAUUGAAGAUACAAUGGGGAUUGUUCGUGAAGAAAUGAAAUUAUUGGGUGAAGUAGAGAAACCAGGAAGCCAGAUUGAUAACUAUGUUAGUCAAUUGAGCUUUGUUUUGUCUCGAAAAGCAGCAGGUUUGGUAAGCCUUCAAGCUCGCCUUGCCAGGUUUCAGCACAGGCUUAAAGAAAAAGAAAUCCUGAGCAGAAAGAAAGUUUCACGAUGAACUAAUGUUGUAUGUUCUUCGUGAUUUCUAAAGAAAUUGCAAGUUUAAAGAACGGUAUGUUGUUUUAUUUACAUUGUUUUGAUCGAAGAAUGAUCUUUUGAAAGAGUAAAAUUUUCAAGGAUUUUACAGAAGAAUGAAAACAGUAUUAUUAUUCAUUCAUUUUUACUUUGUAUGUGAAUUUCCUUAUGACCUAUUAUUGAUAUAUGAAAUCUAUCUAUAUUGUAUUCUAUGAGUAAUUUGUUUAUCUUAUGAUUAUACUUUUUUAUAAGGCCUUGUUUG